UUUCGCUUCGCCGGGGCACUCCAGCUGAUCUUUGUUGUGAUGGCACUUUGCUGGGAUGGGCACUGAGCCCACCUGGGACAAGGCUGAAGAACCAGAUCCGUGGUUUGAUCCUGCCUAGCAAGUAAGCAAAGAGAAGAGGGAAGAAAAGAAAGAAGGAGACAAUAAAUCUGUGGCACGCUGGCUCAGCACCUUUCGCACCGUAAGCUUUGAACUGUGCACGCAGCUCGUGCCUUAUCUGCGCUUCACAUUCACAGCCAGCCAGUGCCCUCCUGUCAUUUGCCAGCCUGUCCUGCAACAAGUCAUUCUGGGAGCACUAUGAGUGCGAAAACCAGCUCUGGAGGUGAGGAAGAAGCCUCAGGGAUGAGGAAUGAGACCUUGGGAGAGGCCAAAAGGCGACAAGUGAUCCGUGUUGCCUACGUGAUUGCAGCCCUAGACCUGACCUUACUCUUCAUGCAGAUGGGAGUCAUGCCUUACUUGGCAAAGAGCCUAGGUUUGGACUCAGUAGGGUUUGGCUAUCUCCAGACCAUCUUUGGUGUCCUCCAGCUCGUGGGAGGUUAUGUUUUUGGCAGGUUUGCAGAUCAGUUUGGUGCCCGAGCAGCCUUAAUUCUCUCCUGUGCAUCUGGGAGCAUCUUCUUCCUGCUCAUGUCCCUCUCCACCAGCAUCCCCCUCCUCUUCCUCUCCAGGCUGCCUGGAGUGUUCAUGCAUGGGAUACCAGGUGCUCAGAAGGUUAUUACAGAUGUGACUACUCCUACCCAACGAGCUGGUGCUUUGGGGAAGCUGGGCCUUUGCUUUGGAGUGGGCAUCAUUGCUGGCUCUGCCAUGGGAGGUGUUCUGUCCACCAAAUUCGGCAUUUAUGUUCCUGCAUAUGUUGGGCUGGUGGGAAGUCUCAUCAACACCGUGAUAGCAAUGGUUUGGAUCCCUUCGCAGACUAAACCAAAGUCAGACCAUCACACGACAGAGCACAGCAGAUCACAGUCUGGCAGCUUGUUUAGCAUCAGAGAAAUCCUGCGCCUGAUGAAGUUCCCGGGAGUAAUGGAAGUUUUCAUAGUCAAGGUCUUUGCUGGACUUCCCAUAGGUUUGUUCAUGAUUAUGUUUUCCAUCAUCUCUAUGGAUUUCUUUGGCUUGGAAGCAGUGCAGUCUGGAUAUCUGAUGUCAUAUUUUGGUGUCCUUCAAAUGGUUGUCCAGGGUUUGGUGGUUGGGAAGCUGGCUAGUCACUGCACGGAGAUGACCCUGCUCAGACUCAGCGUCUUCGUCUUCGCCGGCGUGGGCCUGGGCAUGGCCCUGAUGAGGACUGUGUGGCACUACUGCAUCAUCGCCGUGCCGCUGGUGUUUGCCUUCAGCAUGCUGGCCACCAUCACCGACAGCAUCCUCACCAAGGCUGUGCCCUCCUCCGACACGGGUGCCAUGCUUGGGAUUUGUGCCUCAGUGCAGCCCUUGACCCGGACGGUGGGUCCAACCAUUGGUGGAGUUUUGUAUAAACAAUUUGGAGUCUCCUCCUUCGGCUAUUUACAGCUAAUGGUCAAUUUAGGUUUGUUUGUUUACCUCUUGAAGAGUAAAAUCCCUCUGGGAGAGAUGAAAAGCCAAUAAUGCAUUUGCAAGAAAAUAACCUCCUUAUUUUUUCCCUAGAAAUAAAUUCUUGAGUUUUAUUUUUGAUUCUGUA